AUGCAGUUCCCCGUGGGCCCCGCCUGCAUCUUCCUGAGGAAGGGCAUCGCUGAGAAGCAGCGGGAGCGACCCCUGGGGCAGGACGAGAUCGAAGAGCUCCGGGAAGCAUUCCUUGAGUUUGACAAGGACCGAGAUGGGUUUAUCUCCCAUAAGGAUUUGGGGAAUCUCAUGAGGACAAUGGGUUACAUGCCCACGGAGAUGGAAUUGACCGAACUGGGCCAGCAAGUCCGCAUGAACUUGGGGGGGCGUGUGGACUUUGAUGACUUCGUGGAGCUGAUGACCCCCAAGUUGCUUGCAGAAACGGCUGGGAUGAUUGGUGUCCAGGAGAUGCGAGACGCCUUCAAGGAGUUCGACACCAAUGGAGACGGGGAGAUCACACUGGCGGAGCUGCAGCAGGCCAUGCAGAGGCUUCUGGGAGAGAGGCUCACCCCCCGGGAGAUCUCCGAGGUUGUCCACGAGGCCGAUGUCAAUGGAGAUGGCACCGUUGACUUUGAAGAGUUUGUGAAGAUGAUGUCUCGCUGA